GAUCGGCCGGAAACUAAUCACUACCACACAUUGAACCUUCUCGGCCUCCUCAUCCUCAAAAAGCUCGCAAAAAAUCCCGACAACUGCGCCAAGAUCGGCAAAACCAAAAACCUCAUCCCCAAAAUCGUCGAUUUCACCACCGCCGUCAUCCCAAAGCUCCGCCAUCGAAGCCCCAUCGCCGGCACUGAUCCAGAAAUUCAGGCCGCAAAACGAGCACUUCAAGUACUCAAACGGCUCGCCGGCACCACCGGACGCACCGGCGAGACUCUCCGAAGAGAAAUUUCGGAAAUCGUGUUCACAAUCGGCAGCAUCCGCGAGAUCCUCAAACACGGCGGCGAGGAUGAGAUUUUGAAGCCGUUACAGAAGCUAGGGCUCGAGAUAAUUACUCACCUGGCGAUGGAUGAGGCGGCGAGGGAGAGUAUUGGGGCAACAGGAGGAAUGAUGAGGGAGCUUAUGAGGAUCUUUUUAGAUUGCGGUGGGCUGGAUGGUCAGGUGAGGGUGAAGGCGGGGGAAGCGUUGGCGAUGCUUGUGGUAGACAGCGGGAGGAAUUGCGGAAGAGUUCUGAGUGCUCGACAGAAUUUGGUGGCGCGGCUGGUGGAGGAAGCUGGGGAUUCUCUCGUCGGAGUAAACGCUCGCCGGAUUUUGACCUACCUAUGCGCCUAUGGAGAGGCGGCUGAUGAUUCUCGGACGAGGAAGGAGCUCAUCAAAGCUUUCCCUAUGGUCAGACUUUCAUUUCAGAUUUUAUAAUUU